GAAAACAUGUCAAUACAAGAUCUGUCAAAUUGUUGAUUUCUUUGAAACUGUUGAGUUGAAAGGCCGCGUAAAAUUUAAUAAAUGAAUGUUAUCUUUGUAUAAUAAACUAUGUAUUGUAAUCCAAAAUAUCAACUGAAAUGAUCGACACAGACUCAAGUGUCCUAAACAAAGUUGAGGGUUAUUUUAACUCAAUACAUGUCGUGUGAUGUAAAAAUGUUUCUUUAAUUUUGAAGUAACAACAAUGUUAAAUAUUUACUAUGAACAACUUGCCUUCUACUAGUAAAUCAAAACAAAAUGAUGGAUUUGAGGACGAUGAAAUAUUCGAGGACUCUUCGUUGCUGGCCGAUUUUGAUAAUUCCUUUGUGCAAAGAUCCAAGUUCUCUGAGAGUAAUUUGAAUGAUUCUAGAAACAAAAGUGGACUUAACGUUAGUGCUCUAUGUUGUGAUGAACAGAUCAGUGGAUAUGAUAAGCUGACAGGCAAGACAUGGAUCUACCCAACCAACUACCCAGUUCGGGACUACCAGUUCAAUAUUAUAAAAGCUGCCAUGCUUCAGAAUACCUUGGUUAGUCUUCCCACAGGAUUGGGUAAGACCUUUAUAGCAGCAGUGAUAAUGUACAACUUCUACCGCUGGUAUCCACUGGGGAAGAUAGUGUUCACUGCACCAACCCGUCCACUAGUUGCACAACAAAUAGAUGCAUGCUAUAACAUUAUUGCUAUACCACCCAGUGAUACUAUUGAAAUGACAGGUCAUAUGCAAGUCAACACCAGGAAAGAACAUUGGAAGAACAAAAGAGUCUUCUUUGCCACUCCACAAGUGAUUUACAAUGACAUGAAGUCUGGCAUAUGUCCUUGUGAUAAAAUUCGUUGUCUUGUGAUUGAUGAGGCUCAUAGAGCGAGAGGGAACUAUGCAUAUUGCCAGAUUAUAUCAACCUUAGAUGAUGUUGGUCAUAAAACAUACAGGAUACUGGCCUUAUCUGCCACUCCUGGAAGUAAGGUUGAAGAUGUUAUAAAUGUUGUAAAAAAUUUACAUAUAGCCCACUUGGAACUAAGGACCGAAAACUGUAUCGACGUAGCGCCGUAUAGCCACGCUCGGAAGAUCAAAACUGUGGUACUAGAGCUGGGAUUCGAGUUAACUCACAUUAGGCAGCAGUAUAUUGAGAUUUUAGACGGAUACGCCAGAAGACUGAAACAAAUGAACAUACUGCCUCCUAACUUAGGGAAUCUGUCUAAAGGCCGGAUCGUGAUGUUGUAUAAAGAGUAUCAGCAGAAAGAUCGAAGUUUGAGGCAUCCACAACACAACUACAUAAUGAAAGACUUCACGAUCCUGAUCGCUCUGUAUCAUGGGCUGGAGCUGCUGGUUCAGCACGGUUCUAGAAUAUUCCUCAACUUCUUCGAUGAGCAUCCGGAGAAAUCUUGGAUGCAGUCGGAUGAUAGACUGACAGCCUUGCUGGAGAGGCUGCGUGACGACCUGGGCGUGAAUCCUUUGUCACUAGACAGGAGUAUACUCCCUGAUGGGACAAUACCUGAGAUACCAAAGGACUUGACAUUCGGUCAUCCCAAGUUUGAUAAACUGAAAGAAAUAAUGACAUAUCAUUUCGCUAAAGCACAGCAAAUGAAACAAGAUACAAGAGCAAUAGUAUUCUGCGAGUACCGUGAGAGUGUGAACUUAGUACACUGCCUACUGCUGCAGUGUCGCCCUCUCAUCAAACCGAUGAUGUUUGUGGGACAAGGUGCCUCUGGUAAAGACGGCAAAACGGUGGUAUCUCAAAAGCAGCAAUUGCGAGUUAUGCGAAGUUUCCGUGAAGGGCAAUGCAACGUGCUAGUAGCCACCUGUGUCGCUGAGGAAGGGCUCGACGUGGGUUCCGUGGACCUCAUCAUCUGCUUCGACAUAUCCACCAAGUCUCCCGUACGAUUGGUACAGAGGUGCGGCCGCACAGGUCGAGAGCGCGGAGGUGAAGUCUUCAUUCUCGUGACUGAGGGUCGAGAACAUCAGACUCUAAUAGACUGUAUGCGACAACGAGACGGGUUGAACAAGAAGGUGCUUCAAUCCAAAGAGGUUGAGAACAACCUGUAUAAGCUGAACCCUCGUAUGAUCCCUUACGACUUCAUGCCUCAAUGUCAGAAGAUGUACAUCACUGUAGAAAAGAAACAGGACCCUAAAGAGAAGGCUAAAGAAGGGAUUGAUAAGGCUAAGAAGGGACAAAAAGACCUGCGUUCAAUGUUGGCCAGACCGUCUACAAGUUCGGGUUCUUCAGGCAGGGAAAAUGACAGUAGAGGUUUGAUCACUGAAAAUGAGUUCAAGGAGUUAUUCCCCGAAGGAUAUAGCAGCACGUCAUUGUUCGCUAGACCUCAGGAGUACUGGGCGAUGAGUAGAGAAAAAAUUAAAGAAAUAUCAACGGAUACACCAGACGAAACAGAAUUGAAACUAAGUAAAUGGUUGGAAUGGCAGCGGACGCUACAGAACACUGUAAACGUCCAGCACUCGAGGGAUGCAGAGAUACUUGCAGAACUGCUGCAGUAUAGUGAUGCAAAGAGAUUUGACAUGCCUGCCUCUACACAAAAUCCUUGUUUCGGCAGCCAAGAACUUCGCACCCAACCGCUCGUUUUACAAUCUCCAGCUAAAAUAAAUAUGUCUCCAGCGAAAACGAAUAGAUCUCCAGCCAAAAUCAAUAAACAAACGAAUAAAAAGAAACAAAAAGUUCCUUUAUCUAGGCCGUUGGAUAAAAAGGAUGGAGACAUUCGAGCUCUGUUUAGUACAGCGACAAAAUCGACUAAAAAUUAUACUAAACUCAUUAGUGACUUAGGACUACAAUCUGACAGCGGUGUGCCCACACGACUCAUAAGCUUACUCGUAGACUUAAGCCUGGAAAAUACAAUUACUAACAAAAAUUGUUACAUCUGCCAAAAUAUUUGCGAUUGCAACCUUCUAAAGAGUAAAACACAGGAUAAUAAACUACCUAUGGUGGUCUUAGAAACUAUAAAACAACCGAAACUACCUAAUUUAUAUUUGAUCGAUGAUUUUGACGCAGAAACAAUAAUGAAGUGUAUGAAAAAGCCCGAUAAGAAAGAUGAUUAUGAUGUCAAUAUGAAUAAUUUUGAUUUAGGAGACGAUUUUCUUUGCGAAAGUCCCGUCUACGAUACACCUAUUGAGGAAGAUAAUAAAAUAAAAACAGAGACUGCAGUUACAGAUAAUUUUGAUUUAGGUGACAUUGAUGACAUAUUUGCUAACAGCAGUCCGGAAGAAGCUAUAGAAAAAGAAAUAGAGAAGCAUGACAAGUCUGUAGAAAAAGAAGUCGAAGAGAGAAUAAAGAAAGACAAAGUACUUCCUGACAAAAGUGAAGUGCUUAUUACAGGAAAGGAUGGAGACCUUGAAGAAAAAGACGAAGUAGUUAUAGACAAAGACGAUGAACCUAAGGAAGCUAAAGACACUCUAGGCUUCUUCGGUUUAGACAGCAUUGAGGACAUAUUUGCUGACGACGAAAUCGACAAUACUCCUCCAGAACCAACUCAAAACAAAACCAAAGAUAUACAACAAAAUACUAAGAUCCAAAGAUCCAGAUCACCUUCCGUACAAUACCCACUCAGCCCCUCAAUCCUAUCUGGUAGGGUGAAACAAGAUCUGCCGACUUCACCAAUAUUGGGCAGCCAAUCUUGCAGAUUCCAGCUAAGCACAAAAAAGAAUCGAUCAUCGAAUUCUAAACCAAGUGAACAUAGUUGUAGAAAGCGACUGAUUCAAGAUUCAACAAAUAAUAACUUUGAUAUUGAACAAUCUGGAAGUUCUAGGAGACCUAGUCUUAUAGAUACAAGCAAUAAAAGCCUAAUGACAAUCACACAACUAGUAGAAAUGAUAAAUAAAACUGGUAAUGAAUCCACAUCGAAAACAAAUAAUUUUAAUAAAGACCAAGAAAAAGAGAGAAGUCCCUCUCCAAUACUCUUAACGCAGGCUGAGAAGAGGUCCAUGGUCCACACAAACUCUAUUGACAGAUCCUGUGUCAGCACAAACGCUUUAGACAAAUCUAUCGCUUCCACAUCUAAAACUAAAGACAGUCUCAUUGUAUUAGACAGUGAUACUGAUUCAGACCACGACAGCACACAAGUGUAUGACGUCACAGAUUGCUUUAACAUUAACAAUUUUAGUAAAAUAAAUAAUACUAAUACCAGCCCUAUGGUAAACAAGAGAAAAAGAGACUUAGACGAUAGUAAUGUAAUAACAGCCUCUCCGUAUUUCAAUAAAAAACAGAAAUUAGACAACGAAGCCACCAAAGAAAUGUCAUUACAAGAAAGAGUGUUAGCAGCCAUGAAAAGGAACAAAAGCAAAAUCGGGAGCAAUGAUAAAACGGUACUAAAUUGUGUAGUGUCACAAGGACUCUUGUCUCAAAAGGAAAAUAAAAAUCCUCAGCUCUUAAACGGAGAUGCUGACGACGAAAAAAGUGAAGAACCACCAAAACAAAUGAAUUUAAGUAUGCUACAAAUGUUCAGACGAGAGAACAAACUUCAAACAGUUAGGAAUAAAUUUAACACAAUAUUCAAAACUCCCAAAUCUCCUUUACUCGAUAAACGAAAACUAGAUUUUGAUGAUAGCGAUGACGAUUUUGUAGAUGACAAAAACUGUGGUCCUAACAACUGCAAAGAGAACAAAAUAGAUGAAACUUACAGAUCUACAACUAAUCACAAAGUAAGAAAAAAAAAGAAAAAAGGCAAUGAUUUCUUGGACUUGGAGGCUGAACUGACGGAUGAAGAGGAUCAAAGCGGUGAUGAGCUGUCCGACGAAAGCAUCGGCAGCAUAGUGGACUUUAUAUGCGAUGAUGAUAACAUUACCCACCACGAGGAUAUACAAGCAGUUUACCUCAAGUCUGUCAAGAGUCCUGUAAGAGGUGGCGGUUUUAAGAUACCAGAGUUACCAACAAGGUUUAAUAAGGAAGACAUUUUAUCUCAGUAUGUCGAAGAAGAUUCUUACGAAAUGGAUAGUUUCUGUGUGGGUUCCAACAUCGGUUUAACACAAGGGCACGAAAUAUCAGAGCUAGAAUUAGCUGAAAUGAAAUUAGAAGCGAAGAGAAAAGCAAAGAAAAAGUUCAGGAGAAUUUGUUCGCAGGAAGAAAGUCCGGAUAUAGCAGUGGUAAAAAAAAGUAAACCUAAAAGGAGACUUAUUGAAAGUGAUUCUGAGGAUAGCUCUUAGUGGUAUAGUUGGUAAAUGUAUCUGGUGCUAGACAUAGAUUGUGAUUGUUGGAGUAGAGUUGCUAACUUUUUGUUAUUUUUUUACACCUACACAGAGUCCCGUUUUUAUUAUGAGAUAGAAACUAUGACAAAAGGCACUCGCUAGCAACUCGCGGAUGCAUCUCUCAAAGUCGUCAGUUUUUGUAUAAAAACUCAAUCUUACUCUUGUGUGCCAUAAUUAUGAGACAACAUUGUAAUACACUAUAGGUAUAUUAAAUACUCAAUGAAGCUAUGUCAAUUUCUUACGAUUAGCAUUCAGCCGGUCUGAAUAAGUCACUGUGAUAUAAAUUAUAGUAAUGAUUAAUAAUACUUUGUAUUCAUUUUUAAGUGCAACUUGUAAUUUAUUAUGUAAUUAAUGUGUAG